AUGACGCUUCCUACGCUUCCACGGACAAGCAUACAAAAGCUGUCCGGGACAUCAUGCACAGCCAACUCGCAUGCCCUAUAUCCUUCUCUUCGAGCUCUAAGCCUCUCAUAUCAACAUCGCACACUGUGGUGCUCAACCCACGAACAAGACCCUAGACCAAGGCAGAAGCACUCCCGAAUCUUAUACCAGCAUUACCGUCACCCAAAAUGCAGACAUCCACGCCGGCCCGAGAAAGCACAAGUAGAAGACGAUGAAUGGGACAUCUGGGGGAGGCAUAAUCGCAGAUGGACCGACAACUACUCCAAAACACGCCGCACCGAAGACUGGCCCCUUGACAACCACUGGAACAGUUUCUGGAACGAGCAGAGCAGACGGCAUCAGCAGCGCAUGGAUUGGCUCAAGAAGGAGAUUGAUGCCGAUCCAUACGCGGCCUUGUUCGGGAGACGACAUAAGCCGCUUCAUUUUCCAAAGCUAGAGGAGACGUUUACGACGUUGUGGAAUUCGUUCCUGGGUUUGGGCUCUGGGUUUGUCGAAGUUAAAAAGGAUACCAAGGCUUCAUCGCAACCGCGAGUAGAUGACAAGGCGGAAAAUUCAAAGUCAGAUAGAGGCUCGGCUGGUUAUGGUGAGCCAUUGAUCAAUCCAACUGCUGAGCCUCGGUCUAUGUCAGAAGUGAGUGUGAGGGGUGAUACGUUCGAGUUUGAUCCGGUUAGUGGGCGGAUGGUUAAAAAGGCUCCUAGAACAGUCGAGAAGAAUUUAGAGCACCAAGCGAAUGGAGCAACGGACUACGAUCUUACGUCUUUGGGUGUUUCGAGUGACCAUCAAACCUCCAGACCAUCGAAUGAGGACAAUCCGCAGGAACAUCAGCUUGAUGUUGCGUCAAUGCAGAAAGCUCCGGUCCCGGAAAAUAUAUCAAUGCCGCCGGAGAUCUUGCUUCGAUCAACAAGUGCACAGGAAGUCGAUCCGUCGUCCCAGCCCGAGCCCUCGAGUUCCGCACCGACAUUGAGUUCACCUGUUACCUCAAAGGAUACCGACAACUCCAUUGCCUUCGUUGCCGAUACCCCUCAUGAUCAAACCUCAACUUUGGCGCCAGCUCAAAAUGAUCUGAACAGCGUGUCUGCCUUCCCCGAAACCAAAAGUGAAGCGACCCACGUUGAAACUCCUCAGAACAAGGACCAACACGAAGCCCAAACACCUACCGUCAAGGGUGAAAGCAGUAUCGCACCAAGCGACGAAAUGAGCCAUGCAAACCAGCAGCCUAGCGUCAUCAAUAUAGCCAGUCCAGAACCAAUAAUGGGGCAACAAGAGCAGAAAUGGAGUCUUGACCGAGUCGGGUUUCUGUCCAGACGGGCCGGAGAGCUCUCUAUACCUUCUCCCAGCACAAACCAGGAGCAAUCCUCGAUUUAUAACGAAGAUAGCAGUCUUCAUACGCUACGCGCAAGCGAUAUCAGGGCAAUUUACGAACCCAGGAAGUCGAGCAUUAAGUCCGAGGUAGAAGCUGAAGAAGCUGAAGCAGAUAAAGGUCUUGCUUGGUCCGCGACGUCUGCUGGAACUUUCGUCUCUAACUACACCAGCGAGCCCUCAAGAGAUUACAAUGAUUCCAUGCCGGCUUUAUCGGAGGAAUCGUCAGCUUCAACCCGCCCAACUCAGGCAAAUGAGGAAGCACAUGCGGUUUCGCAGAAUGAACCAGUAGGCGACGAUGCCAACCUCGAGAUUGAAUCAUCACCAGCUGCGGUAUAUCGCGUAUUCGCAUACGAUCCGUCCUCGCUUCGGGUAAUCGAAGCCGAAACCAUUUCCUCGUUUCAACCGCCCAGCGAGCAUCUUCAUCCAAUCGAGGUGCUCACUCACCUAGCUAAUCCAGCAAAGUUUCUACCAAGUCUCAACAAGAUGCGUGCAGAAGGAUACGAGAUUGUAUCAGGCGGAGAUAACAUCCUUGUCUUCCGGAAGGCUCCUGAGAUAGACAACAACCAGAACAUGAAGGACCAUGAAAGCCACGCAAGUGCCAACUCCGGCACAGCCGACAUGGUACCUGAGCAGCCAACUGGAUUCUACACUGGAAAUCAGCUCCCCCGUGCUGAUGAACCCAAAAACAGGGGAGAGAAAUCUCGAUCUCGGACGGUCAACGUACUGCGGCGGAUUCUCAUCGGUGGGGCGGCCACAGCAGGGACCUGCUACGCGAUUGGUGUUGUCGUCGAAUACUUCCGCACUGGCGGCAAGGAUGGCUGGGGUAUAGAUGCAUUUACGGAGUUUGAGUCGGAAAGGCGCCACAUGGAGACAUAG